AUGAGAGUGUCAAUGACACUAUUCAGAUCAAAGGAGAACCACCGGAUGCUCAACAAUUUCGCAAAACUCAAUGGAGGGGAUGAUGUAAGAAUGGGAGCUGACGUACCGGCUGAUGCACUCGUUGACAGACUGCUUGUUGGAUUUUUUUAUGGACCUUCUGACAGACUACCUGAAGUACUUCAUGUAUCAAACCAGCUUGUGCGAACUAAGGAAAGCUAUCCUUUCCUUCCCUUUUGUGCGUCCCAGAGCCACAUAUGGAAGCCUGGAGAUCCUCUACGCCACCUAGAACCAUUCACACUUAAUCCUUGGUGCAUCAUUCCUUAUGUGAACCCGCGGAGCCAAGACUUUCCUUUUCCGGAGCUAAAUGAGAUCAAAUCACAACAACUCUAUUUUGAUCAUCUUUUGGGAAUUAAGAAGCUUCCUACAAUGACUCUAGACGUCCCAAAAUCACAUCACUUCCAGCCCAAGUUGUCAAGACUCAAGACACAUCACAACUUUCCUUAUUUGGCCGAUUUCGUCAUUAAAGUUCCAACAACCAUAUUUUCAUUUAUUGUUGCGAUUUCUUUACUUCUUUAG